AUGGGAGCCCUUAGGCCCCUGGAUCCUGAGGCAGAGCAGAAGCUGCUAGCACAAGUCCAGCCCACGCUGGGCUUGGUGGGCCGAGGGUACAGCGUGAACCUGCUGCUUUGGGGUCGGGAAACAGAGGCACCCCGGCUUGUGCCUCAGCUGCUGCAGAUGCUGUUUGAGGAAGCUCUGCCGCUCAGGGGCUCUGACUCUGCACCUAGUACUCUUAGCCUGGGGGCUCCACUGGGAGGAUCAUCUGAGCUGAAAGCUGGGAGAGACUUGGUUUGUAACGGGUGUCGUGCUUGUGUGAUCCCAGCUCAGUCCCCGCGGGAGGACUCGGGACCUGCGCUCUCCAGGGUCCGAGAACCUGUCAGUACCGGAUGCGGCUCCUCUGGGUUCAUGAGCAUCCGGGGCCCAACUGGGGUGGUGGGAGAUGCCGGUGAAGUGGAGGUGUCUGGCUCAAGUGCUGUCUCACAGCUGUACGUGCAGGCUGCAGGGGGUGAAGGCAGAGAUUGCCCCCUGCUACAGGUAUUGGCUGGUGAGGUUGUUGGUGAGCAGGCAGAGGGCUCUCGGCCCUGGACUGUCUCAUGGCUCCUGGAAGGAAACAACUACAGUGGCCUUCUUCUUUUUCUUCUGGACCCUCAAGGAAGCUCCCCGAGCUUGCUGCAGGCUGCUCUGUUGGGGACUGCGGGAAGGAGGAUGCUGGGGAAACAGGCAAGGCCCUCCCUGCGGGAUGCAGUGGAAGAGCCCUGGGCCCGCCAGGCUGGCCCGAAGAGCCUGCAUGCACGCCUCCUCGGGGCCACCCUGACGAGUGGGCUCAGGAAGCUGGGCAGGGCUCUGCGACAAUUGCCGGUGAGCAACCUGAGGCCUGGAAGUGGUGAAAGCCUGGAGUCGGUGCCCAGGAAGCCGGAUGCUCAAAGGGGUGCCCUGAACCACUGGAAUGUCUUCUCAUCCAACCUCUUGGGAGCCCCACUGAUGUCUGUCUUCCUCUCCUCCGUUUACAGAGCAGAACGGGCUGCUUUCCUACUGGGUCAGUUCAGGGGUAUAGGACCUUAUGGCUUCCACAGCACCCACUGGCAGAGUCAAUCUCUCUCUUCUCCCACUGUGGCCUCUGAGUCUGUCUGGGCUGUAGGUUCUUCUGGGCCAGUUAGGUCCUGGCAGACACCAGAUGUGGCCCUGCAAUUCUUCCUGGCCCAGGCCCAGAGACAGAGACUGCAAGAACAGCACCAAAUCUGGAUCCAAGAGGAACUGAAGCGUUUGGAACAGGAGGUGGUGGUGGCAGGUGACCAAGUCAAAGGACUAGUGGCUGGAGAAAAGGUCUCGGAAGAGAGGCAGAGAUGGCUCCUGGAGCAGACAGUGCUGAGACUCCAGCUGGGGACCCUCCCGGCAGAGCGGAACACCGCAGAGCAGGGCCUGGUAGCCCUCUUUGACCUGCACAUGUAGGCUGCCUGAGCUCAGACAUGCGGCAGGUCCGGCCACACCUGGCGGGAGCUAUUGGAGGAGCAGGCUGGGACCACAGAGCAUCGUUAUCACAGCCUGCUGGCCAGCAUCCUGCAAGACACCAUCAACCUGGCCACACAGAACCAGGAGCUACAAGCCCAGGACCAGCAGCUUCGGCAGGAUACAGACUAGGCUGGAUCCUUGCCUUAGGGAGAUAUGUGAUGACCAGGAAUCCUGCAGAAGCAGUUUCCUCUCUUAAGGGUCCUAAGAGGAGAGGAAGUUGGGUCACGAUAACCAAACUAACCUUCAUUAUGGAUAAUUAAUACCACUAACAUGGUCUCAUUGUGCCAGUCCCUGUUGAGUGCCUAAUAUCCGUUAUUUCAUUUAGGCUUUUCUACUACCCUACCAGUAGUAGCUACUAUUUGACUCCCAUUUCAGAGAUACAGCACCUAAAGCUAGGAGAGGUUAAGUAACUGCCUAAGGAGUCAGCUAAGUGGCAGAAUUAGAAUUCAUUCAUGCCUUAUUGGCUAUG